UACUUGGACAUUUUGUCAGUACUGGAUAUGAGCAGCACUGUUGCCUCACACCUGUAAGGUAUGGGUUCGAAUCCAAACUCCAGAACCCUAGCCGUGUGCCUAAAGCUGUCUGGAAUAUACUACAGGAUAAAAGGUUAUAAGAUGGUUGCGAUCUGAAAAAUCAAUCGUAAACACCUACAUGUGUUAUUUGUCACAUUCUCGGAGGAAUAAUUCUUUUCUUUUGAGUAGCCGGCCUAACUUUAAGUUAACUGACGAAAUGUGUAACAUUACGCUGUGUCAGCCGACUAAUCACUUCGGCCUGCAAGUCCUAUAAAACAACUGCGAGGAUUGAAGUGAAUAAACGAGUCCUCGCUUAUUUUCUAUUGGUCAAGGGGAGCUUUUCUCCUAGCAACGGCUUGGGCAGCCUUCCAAUUAGAAUCCUCCGUGGCUGCUCGGCAGAAGUUAAAAUCGUAAAACAAGGCGGAGAAUGAUUGACGUGAGUACAGCACCAAAGUGUGUCGUUUACCCGGUGCCUGAGCCAAUGGGCUUCCUCUAAAAUGGCCACAGUAUUUGCAUGGGUGUUGCGAAGGGGCGUCAGCCCUUCAGCAUCUAAGACGUCUGGUAUGCGGCUUUCACUUUUCUGUUGUGCAGUAUGAAGAAGCACAUGUGCAGCGUUUCUUUCAGUGGGUCUAAUUAGUUAUUGUUAGCAUCGAAGAUUUGAGGAGAAGCUUGGGACACGCAUCGCUUUGUGCGACACAGUCGUUUGGCUCAUAUGCUAUAACCCAUACUGCGCGGUUUAAUGACUACCUCAGUCCCCCGUUAUUUGGCGUUGCGUAUAUGGCUAACUUGCUGUCUGUAUGGUUAAACCGUUUUUAAACGUGAUUGCCGCGUCUGAAAUAAAAUCCCGCUGUGUAUAUAAUAUGGAGAUAGUUGGCGCACGUGACACUUGGAAGAUAAUAUAGUUCAAACAAUAAAUAAGCAUUUUUAAGAACUAGAGAACUAAGUAGUGAGUUUUCGAGGAAGAGCGAAGUCCUGCAGAAGAAUGACGGAAGACAGCGGACUUUUAAAUGAUAUUGAAUUUAUUCCGGAUCAGCUCUAUUUUGCCAUCCUUCAACAGCGGAUUAAAAGCACCGCCGAAAGACAUUGCUUCUGUAUAGACGACGAGCUGUCCUACGAGAACUUUUAUGCGGACUUUGGUCCUCUCAACUUGGCCAUGUUUUAUCGUUUCUGUUGCAAGCUGAACAAGAAAUUGAAGACUUUCAGUCUCGCAAAAAAGAAGAUAGUUUUCUACACCUGUGGCGAUCAAAAAAAGCAAGCAAAUGCUGCUUACCUUAUAGGUGCUUAUUCUGUGAUGCACCUGCAGAAGACCCCGGAGGAAGCCUACAGAUUGCUGGUGUCUCAGAACGCCAGCUACCUGCCAUUCAGGGAUGCUUCCUUUGGAACCUGCAUGUACAAUCUGUAUAUCCUGGACUGUUUGCGUGCCGUCGAUAAGGCUUUGCAGUUUGGAUGGCUUGACUUCUCAAAAUUUGAUGUAGAGGAGUAUGAGCAUUAUGAGAGGGCAGAGAACGGAGACUUCAACUGGAUCAUUCCUGGAAAGUUUCUUGCUUUCAGUGGGCCUCAUCCCAAGAGUAAAAUUGAGAAUGGCUACCCUCUCCACGCACCAGAGGCCUACUUCCCAUACUUCUGGAAGCACAAUGUGACCACGAUCAUCAGGCUCAACAAAAAAAUGUACAACGCCAAGCGCUUCACGGACAAGGGCUUCGAGCACCAUGACCUCUUCUUCGUGGACGGGAGCACGCCCAACGAUGCCAUUGUCGCGAGGUUCAUGAGCGUCUGCGAGAAUGCGAAGGGUGCAGUCGCCGUUCACUGUAAAGCCGGCCUUGGCCGAACCGGCACGCUCAUUGGGUGCUACAUGAUGAAGCAUCACAGGCUGACGGCGGCCGAGGCUAUCGCCUGGAUCAGGAUCUGCAGGCCGGGCUCCGUCAUUGGGCCCCAGCAGAACUUUGUGGAAGAGAAGCAGGCCGGCCUGUGGGCAGAAGGUGACCUGUUCCGCGAGAAGAUGAAGGAACAGGAGAACAACUCCAGCCAGGUGACUGUCACCAGAAUCCUGUCUGGGGUGGAUGACAUGUCCAUUAACAGCUGCACCGCCAAGCGGAUGUCGCCCGGGAAACAGGAGGAGGAGCAGUAUGAAAACGAGGAGGAGAUCAAUGGGAUCACGCAGGGCGACAAACUGCGAGCACUGAAGAGCAGGCGGCAGAGCCGGGCGUCCACGGCUUCUCUCUCGUUAGAGGAGAAUAAAAUUCACACCCGGUCCUCAUCACAGUCGCUUCAGAUUAUUUUGCAGUCCACCGAUCAAAGCUGUAUGCCUGUAAAAUCUGCCAGCCUGCCCGCCAGUGCAGACGCCCAAAGAAAGACGAGGGCUUCGCUGGGGCACGGCAUUGUGGGAAGACAGUCAUUAAAUUCAGAGCUAGCCCAAUCCCUAGGCAACUUGCACGUCAUGGCUAGCAGACGGGACGGUGCGCACGGAGAUCCGGCAGCAGGCUCUAAAGCCUUAAACGGCACGGCCUCCCAGAUGAAGGGCCUAAACGGCAUAAUCGAGCAGCGGCCCGGCCUUGGGAAGGCAGCCGCAGAGAGCUGCUCCCCUGCCCCCCAAGGCGGGCAUGACCUGGCCUUGUCCCACUUAACGUGCUGUACCCAAAGGACGGAAAAGGAGGUGCCCUUUGCAGUCAAUACGUUUCAUGAGACUCUGCCACUCCAUUCCCAAAGCUAGAGCACCCCUCCUCCGAUGAGGUGGAAUCAGACGCCUCAUGGGUAUUGCACUCGACAACAUGCAAGACCUCCAGUGCUUUAAGACUGUGCUUCCCAAUCCGGUCCUCAGGGACCCACAGACAGUCCACGUUUUUACUCUGGGUUUGAGCUCGGAGGGAUCAAAAAACGUGGGCCAACUGUGGGUCCCCGAGGACCAGACUGGGAAAUGCUGCUUUAAUUGCAGGGUUUUAUCUGCGGAAUUUUUAAGACAUGAAUGCCAGCGGACCUCCAUAUCUGCAUGAGGCAGAGAUGCUCAUCAGAUGGAUGUCAGAGAGUGUAAACCCAGGUGAUUAGAUGUGGGCAUCUAGUCAGUUCCCUGGGAAAUGUAGAUGCCAAUAGUAUCAGCUUUUCUUUUGAUCUGAUUGUAUCAUGUUGCGAAGAUCCUAGAUUGUAACCAGGAUGUUUGUUUACAUAUCCUCUGAAUGGUUUAACGGUCCCCCCCCCCCCCCCCCCGUACCUUACUAGUGACCAUCUUCUAUUCAUGCAGACUUCGUUUGAAGCUUCUGUACUUUAUACUGUAAAUAGGUAAACAUUUAAUAUACUUUAACAGAUCUUUCGUACUUUUCAUACAUGUAUAUAAUUAUUUGGUACAUGCAUUAUUCAUGCACUCAUGUCUGAAUCAUGUUCACAAAUGCUGUCGGUCCAUUUAUGUAUUGGAAAAUUUACUUGUACAUCGGGGAAAAACUUACUUUUCCAAUAAAGGCCUUCAAAUCUUUAUCUAC